AUGGAUUUCGAAGAAGAGGACCUCAGACCAUUUUCCGGAGUGAGCCGGCCCCAAACAUCGGUCAAUUUGUCCAAUGAUCAAGUCCGCCCCAUGACAGCCGGAAUGGCCUCGACGGAUUCGGCAUUCCUACAAUCCCGACCCAUGACGGCUCAAGGACACGACUUUGACAUGGACGGAUCCAGACUGAAUACGGCCAGACCGAAAACGGGGUAUAAACAGGUCCAAUCCCGGAUUGGAACCGCCAUUAGCCACAGGGGGGAUUUCCAGAGUGACAUGGCAAGACCGUUUUCAAGGGCGGGCUCCGCAAUUGGGGACCGCCCUGGGAGCACUUUUGGGCGCCCCACAACCGGAAGACUUGGAUCAGCUAUUGGGGCACGUGUUGUUCCUGGUACAGCAUCGCGAGCUUUGGCAUCCGCGAUGCAAAAUCGACCCAUGUCCAGAGGAGGGAUCGGGUUACAAACUCCAGUUUCUGUGACGGAUCGACCCGUCACACAACAGGGAUUGACUGGGAUGCGAACUGGAACCGGUCGAGGACCUCAGAGACAAUUCCAGGACAAGAGUUACUACUUGGGUCUCUUGAGGACAAAAAUGAUUGAAUUGCAAACGGAAGUUAACAAGUUGCAUCGUGAGAUCGGCAGUGCUCAGGAGGAGCAGAGUACAUAUUUAGCUUAUGAUAAACGAGUCAAGGAGUUGGCAUCCGAGUUAACAGAACAACAGGGCGUUUUGGCUGACUACAACUUAUUGGUGGAUAAGCUGAAUACCGACACGGAUCGAUUGGAGGUUGAGCAAGAAGCUGCGGAGCUGAAAGCCAAAAAUGAUGAGGAGCAAAAAGUUGUUGAAACGCUCUUUGAAGCCCGAAGAGAAAAGGAACGUAUCGCCGAGCAACUUGAGCAAGAAAUCGAAGCUGAGCGAAACAUGGCCGACAAUUUGGUUGCAGCUAUGAAUCCAGAAAUCCGAGAUAAAUACUUGGAGCUCAAACACGCUAACACCGCAUACCAGGUUGAAAUUGAACGCAUGAACCAGGAGCUUGACGCAUUGAACACUCAAAGGGCCGCAUUCGAGGAUGAAUUGGCCAUGUCCGCUUUGAAGCGAGAGGCUGUGGUGCUUUAUGAACAACUUCGGGAAGCCGAGGAAAAGCGAGAUCAGCUCUUGGAGGAAGAAAACCAACGAGGCACACCUGCUCAAGAACGGGAACGCCUUCUGCAGCAAGUGAAGGAUGAUAAUGCCGAGAUUGCCACCAUGGAGCGCCAAAUUGCUGAGACUCAGGAGCAGAUUCGCCAUUUGAAAGAUGAACAAAGUCAAAUCGAAGAGCAAAUGGAAGAGCAUCAAUCCGAACGAAAUCAAAAGUAUCGGGAGCUGCGGAAACGGGAGGAAACCAUGGAUCAAUUUCUGAACACCUUUGAAGACAGUAAAGCUGAAGAGCAGGAAAGAAUCAAUCGCCUUGAGUUGGCCAUUGAAGAGACUGCCGGAGAAAUCAGUAAAAAUCUCGGUCACAUCGGUCAUUUGCCCACCUCCAAAGGAUUCCGAGCCAUGAAAGAGGAUUUGAGUUUCAAAGAAGGCGAGACUGAGAAAAGCCGAAAUACUUUGGAGAACUUGAACCAAGAGCAGUCCCAACUGAAAUUGAAUCUUGAAAAGAUUGAGGCCUUGGAAGACAAGAUAAGGACCGAAAUGACCACUCUUAAGGACAAGAUGAAGACCAUGCAAGAAGAAAUGAUCGUGUUUAACGACUUGGACCGGUUGCGUAACGAUGCCGAGGAAAAACGCGCCAUUUUGGAGAGACAGCGUGAGCAGCUGUCGGGAAGGAAAAUCAGUGUGGCGCAAAAUCUGGCAGAGAUGAAAGAAAAACACGACGAAUUGAAGAAAACUCUGGCCGAUAAUGAGACCCAUGUUCAACUAACGAACCUGGAGAAGAAAUGGAGCCACCAUGAUCAGAACAACUUUGCCAUUGAAGAGUUCAUUUCCAACAAAAAAGCGGAGAUGAAUUUUGAACCAACGAAAAACAAAGUGAUCAAGAUGCAAAGGGAUUUUAACAAACUUCUGAUUGAGAGCACAAAGAACAACCCAAUGCAAUAAAGCUAGUUUUUUUAUCUUUCUCAACCAA